UAGAACAUUCUGUCAGAUGUUUCAUUAAUAUGUUUAUUACUUGUUUUACUGUCAAUGCAAAGAAAGAAUGAUUAGUGAUGAUCUUUUUAUGUAGCCACCUCAAUGAUUAAUCAGUGGAAAAUACAACCAAGUGCAGAUGCUUUUGUUUUUUUUUUGGGAAAAAUUGUAUGUUUUUGUUGAUAGUUUAUUGCAAUUAAUUCAGACAAAAUCUAAAUAAAGAGUGAUUUUUUAGUGUAGCUCAAGACAGUAUAGUAUCUUGACUCUUCAUUAUCAUAAUAGUCUCAAUGAUUAUCUCAACAUUUGUUUGCCUUUGCAUUAUAUUCUCUCAAGUUAAUGCUCAGUCAAAUACAUUUGGUCAUUGCAAGGAAGAGGUAUGCUGUAACCAGCAGGCAAACCCACUGCUGACUUCUUGCAAAGACAUCAAAAGGAAAUGGAGCGAUGGUCCUACUGGAUACUAUCAGCUUAGUAGUACUAAGAGAGGUCCUGUAUCAGUGUAUUGUAAUAUGGAUGAGCUGUGUGGCUCUAGAGGAGGAUGGACAAGACUUGGAUAUCUUAAUAUGGCUGAUCCUAGUGAAAGCUGUCCUUCUGGAUUUAGACUGUACCAGUCAGGAGGAGUUAGAGCUUGUGGCAGGCAGAACUCUAGUGUAGGUAGCUGUGUAUCAUUGAAGCUAUUAGCUGAUGAUAUCAGUUACUCUCAAGUAUGUGGUAGAGUAGUGGGAUAUCAAUAUGCAUCAACUGAUGCUGCUGAUUCUACUAUUGGUACUAGUGCUCAUAAUGAUAUUAAUUCUUAUUAUGUUGAUGGUGUUAGUAUCACUCAUGGGUCUCCUCGUCAACAUGUCUGGACACUAAUGGCAGGACUGCACGAAGCUAGUUUUUAUUUUAUAGUAAAUGAUGGCCGAUAUAACUGUCCUUGUUCUCAAAGUAGUACACAAAAUUCAACUCUUCAGUCUUUCAUUGGUAAUGACUACUUCUGUGAAUCUGGCAAUCCUGCUACUGAUGGUACAUAUCAAUUCAUGCUCUACACAUCUGAUCCAUUGUGGGAUAGUGAAGGAUGUGGUAGUCUUGAAGGUACUUGUUGUGCUGCUCCUAGUCUUCCAUGGUUUCACAAGAAACUUAACACUACCACUACUGACUACCUUGAGCUGAGGGUGUGUGGAGAUGAAGGAACAAACAAUGAAGACACUCCUAUCAGCUUUUAUGAAAUAUAUAUCAAAUAAACAGAAGUUUUAACACUUUCACUUGCAUUUUUAGUUUGUCAUUGUCAUUCUUUACACUUUAGUCUUAGCAGCUAUCUACCCAUUCAUAUGCACACUUAUCAUAGUUAGUUUUUAAGAUUAACGUAUAGCUGGAAACUAUUGAAUGAUUAAACUUUUGUGAA